AUGAUGAUCGGAUCGCCGCGAAGAAGUCUACCAAGCAGGAAGAUCAGCCAACCAAACAGACAAAGCCAAGGAAGUGAUAGGUUUAACAAUAGGAACAAGGAAAAACACAGGUCGUACCCACAAAGGGACGCUACGACAGGAGAGAACUACACCAAGUUCUUCAUCCCCAUACAUCACAUUUUAGCCCAAGUAAAGGAUAAACCUUGGGUAAGAGGACCGCCACCCUUGAAAGGAGAUCCAGACAAGAGGGAUAUCAGAAAAUACUGUGCCUUUCAUGGGAUGCACGGACACACUAUGAACAACUGCUUCGCUUGGAAAGUGCACCUUGAAGAACUCGUGACAGAAGGUCAAUGUGCGGAAUUCAUUGCGAAGCAGGCCAUCCAGCAGAUUGAGGAUUGUGACACCGCCAAGGAGCCACCCCAGAAUGUCAUAAGGAUUAACACAACCCUAGCCGACUCUGAGGAGUCUUGGCUGACCAGCAAAGAAAAGAAGUGGAAGAUCAAACAGGCCACUGUGAUCUCCCAAAUCUCGACCGAACUUCCACUGGCAGAAGACGAUCCUGUGAUUGGCUCCCGAAAGAAAGACUUGAUCGGCCUUGACAUGCCAUAUAACGAUGCCCUUGUCAUCAGCAUUCAAAUUGCUCAGGCUAUGGUAGACCGAAUCUAUGCAGACGAAGGUAGUGCAGCCAAUAUCCUGCAACUAGGGGUCAUCCAGCAGAUGAGCUUGGAGACGAAGAUCAACAAAUUAGCUCUAUCGCUGACCAGCUUUAAUGAUACAACAACGGUUACCAUAGGCAACAUUCAUGGUCAUUAA